GCCCCAGCCCCGAGAGAGGAGGGCGGGAGAGAGAUGCUAGGCAGAGACGCGAAUCGUAACACUGGAUGCAAACUAUUAAGGCAGUUAUAGCACACAGGGUGGGACCUGUCAGACCACAGGGCCCCCGGAGUAUCCCCACUCGCGGGAAUAAUCUUUGCAUUGGAGCUGCUGGCACUUUGAUCGGAGUAGCCUAUUUUAUAUUGCAACGAGGACGGGCAGACCACGAACGAGAAAAUCCCGGAAAUCAGACAUGCUCGGGCUUUGAACCGAUCACCCACAGCGCCUGAAAUAAGGUAAUAUUUAUUUCCAUAGAAGAUGGUGUACCUCAAAGAGAGUUUUAAUCAGCAACAGAAAAGACACGGAGAUUUUUCGACAUGAAGCUUUCAAAUACAGCGCGCUCCCUCUGCGAACACAGCGCCGCCAGUAGAGCAGCUCUCCCGCUGUCGCGCAGAGGAUCCGGUGGAACAUGAGGAGAGGACGUGAGCUACGUGCGCAUCCAGGAGUAGACGACAUGACAUGGAGGGCUUGGGACACACGGACCUUUUAAACACAAGCUCUUCUCGCGGACCCAACAGUGUUUGCCGUGCACAAGAAAGAGUCACACCGAGCUCGUCUGAGCCUCAUGCGGCAACGAGAAUGGGACUUAACGCUUUCUGUGCCUCGCAGUCCAGGAGCUCCACGGCCGCUGAACUGCUGGCAGGACUGGCGUCUAAAACUGACGUUCCUGGAAUCUCAGUGUUAAAGAAGGAGACGAAAACUGGUUUGCCCUCGUACAAUGGCGAGGUUGUGUCUCCGUCGGCCACCAACGAAGGCAACUGCAGUGACCUGCUGGCCCACACGCCCAGCGGCUUCACGCAACUAGAAGGGCUAACGGAGACCCCCGCUGGCCCUGCACAACCCCCGUGCAGAACCCGAUCGCUGGAGAGCGGAGGGGAGCGGACACCACAAUCUUUGCUGAAACGGGCAAACGGUGAUAUGCGGGCCCGCCAGGCACAGCAUCAAAGGCGCAGGGACGGGGAGAACCGGGACACGGGGCUGGGGCCGCUGGUGGGAGGGGUCGGAUUAGGCCCAGUGGGGUGCCCAGGAAACCCUCUCAACCUGGACAAUUAUUUCCCUGCCGAGUGCAAGAGGAGAAAACUGGAGGGGGGCGAAUGCAAGGCAGAUGUGGCGGCCACCACUGCCAGGAGCACGCGAACCGUAGCACCCCUGGCUGCCAGCAGCACGUUCAACCAAUGCAGCACCCCAUCGCAGACAUCAUCCCCCACUGUCAACAGACUCCACCACCACAAUUACAACCCCCACCCCUACCCCAACCACAUCCAUCACCAGGGUUUCCUCCACGAACUCAGCCCAACCCCGAGUGCCCUCCCGGGCCAGCCGUCCCCACCCGAGGCCCCCUCCAUCCCCUCGGCACUGUUGGCGGGCUCUGGCUCGGCCUGGUCGGCGGAGCAGAUCGCCCAGUACAUUGUGCCGUGCAUGAAGCACUACGGCAUCUGCGUGAAGGACCGCUUCCUGGGCGCGCGGCUGGGCGACCGCGUGCUGGCCGAGGUGGAGAGUCUCAACCGCAGUGGCCGUUUCCGCGGCGGGCAGCUGGUCAGCCAGCGGGGCAUCCCUUCGCGCAGUAUCCGCGGCGACCAGAUCGCCUGGGUGGAGGGCCGCGAGCCGGGCUGUGAGGCCAUCGGCAUGCUCAUGGCGCACAUUGACGAGGCCGUCAUGCACAGCGCUGCCAACGGACAGCUGGGAGACUACGUCAUCAACGGACGCACCAAGGCAAUGGUGGCCUGUUACCCUGGACACGGCACGGGAUACGUCCGGCAUGUGGACAAUCCCCACGGCGACGGUCGCUGCAUCACCUGCAUCUACUAUCUCAACAAGGACUGGAACGUGAAAGUUCACGGAGGUCUUCUGCAGAUCUUCCCUGAAGGACGUAACGUGAUGGCCAACAUCGAGCCUUUAUUUGACCGCCUGCUCAUCUUCUGGUCGGACCGACGAAACCCACAUGAGGUCAAGCCAGCCUUCGCUACACGCUAUGCCAUUACGGUGUGGUACUUUGAUGCAAAGGAGCGAGCAGAAGCCAAGGAGAAGUAUCGACUGGCAACCGGACAGAAAGGUAUCAAAGUGCCUGUCACUCAAAACAGGACCUAACCUUGGGAUGGCAAGGACUCCACCGGUGGGGUCUCAGCAGAAGUGUCUUCCCCUGCUGCUAUUGGACAGAAUGUCUAAAGGGGAGGGGCCAGAAUGAGUUCCACAGAACGGGACACGUCUUCUCUCCCCCUUCUCAGCUCCGCCCAGAACUCAUAUUUGCCACCUGAUUGGCUAGAGGAGACACUCCCUCCAUGCUGAUUGGAUGGCUGAGACUGGAGAAAAGGGCGGGAGGGAAACUGAUUAAGGGGACGAGAGAGGGAGAGGUGGAUAGAGAGAAGGAGAGGUGGAUAGAGAGAGGGAGAGGAUAAAGGGAUAGAAUCUCAGGAGAUGGCUGGUUGGAAAGUGGAUGGAGACUUGUGUAGCUGUGGCAGGGCAAGCGGUCAUCAUCUAUGGGAUUACCAGAUUUUUAUUUGUUUGUUUGUUUGUUUGUUUGUGUUUUUUUCCAGUGCUCUCAGUAAUCUUAUCUUAAAAAUCAGAUAUGAGCUCGGCUUCAGAGGUGCUCCCUUCUGUAUGUAUUUAACAGCUAGCUUAUCGCCCCUCAGAUCAGAUCUCUCAGAGUGGCCUCCUCACUCACAGGAAGUGACUCUCCUCCUCGCGCAGGGGUUCAGGAGCUGGGCCCCCCAUAUGGCUCAGGGCUCAACAGGAAAUGACAUCGCCAGCCUAUAACAUAUGUCCUGUUUGUGACACGCCCAGCCUAGCAACAGGUACCACCGUGACAAGAGUGCCCAGACCUUGAGCUGAAAAUGGAAUAACAGAACAUUCACUUGAGAAAAGACACUGAAUACAUUGACCCUUUACAUUUCAAGGACUAAGAACUGAAUCUUAGCAACUGUGUGCACAGUGAAGGCCAGUGGCAAUUCUUGAGGCAAUUCUUCUGAGGCAAGUGUCUCAAAGGGUGUGUGUGUGUCGUAGUAUUGUAGUAGUGUAGGACUAAAACAGUCAUGCACUGGGGGUACACAACUAUACAUACGUGUGUGUGUGUGUGAGAGAGAGAGAGAGAGACAGACAGACAGACAGAGAGCUUGUCCCAUUGUCCCAGAAGAGGUGUAAAACAGGGUUCAAUGAAUGUGUAUGUGUGUAGGUGUGUGUUUGUGUGAGUGAACAGCUCUUUAAGUGACCUUGUCCUUGUACCCCUGUCAGGAUGAGGGCCUUAUCCACUGGCAACAGGACUUCACACAGACAGCUGUUAGAGUUAACCUUGAUGUUAGCCUGGAAAACAACAACAACCCAGAAAAACAAAAUGGCCACCUAUUCAUUUAAUGGGAGACAUCUGUAACAUUCGGCUCCAGUCCAGCCAAUAAAAGGCCUAUUGGAGGUGAAAUGAAAGGGAACUUUUCGGCUUUGCAGUAGUUAGAGUGUGAUCUGCGCAGGCCUACUGUACAUCUAACAAGAUCACAGCACAAUUAUCUUCUUGGAUAGACAGUAUCAGAGCACAUGCAAAAACACCAAGCGGAAGAUCAGCAAAAUAAGCAACAAAUAACUCAGCACAGCAUGCUAAAUAAAAAAUAAAACAAAACAAAAAAACACACCCAGUAACCCAUUUGCUGUCUUAACCAGUGACACUUCCAUCAAAAAAGAAUACAUUUCCCAGCAGGCAUUUCAGUUUGAACUCACACUAGCAGCAUUUGUGAAUAUCUCAGAAGAAUGAGAUGAGGAAAAGGAGAACUACCCUUAUAGCGUGAGAUUGCUGGAGGAUGUGUGUCUGUGUAGAAGUCCCAUUUCAUGUUGGUGGGGUCCAGAAAUGGCUUUUCAUUUUGGUGUAAAGAAAACAAUUGUGCCAGAUUAUUAUCACAAGAAGUAAAUUAAUGCACUUUAUUGUUGAGAAAAAUGUGUGAAUGAGAAUGAGGAGUGAGAGAGAGAGAUGGAAAUGUAAUGAAAAGCUUAAUGCUGUGGUUAAUAUAAUUAAAAUGCAAUAGAAUUAAAAAGAACAAAGUCUAUCUUUCUGAUAUGUUAACCCCUGGAGUUUUAUUUUGUUUCCAUUCUUUUGUCUUUUGCAGUAUUUAAUUAAUUCAUUAAAGCUGGUCAGUGAUUUGGUAA